GGCCCCGGAAGCGCUUGUAAAGCGGUUAAAAGGCGAGUUGACGGAGGGGAGCUAACGUUAGCUGUCAGUCGGGUUCAGUCAUUGUGCAGGGAUGGAGGUGACACGAAAAAAUUAUAAAGACUGUUUAAAUACUGUGUACAGCGCCAUAGAGGAGGCUGACUUUCUUGCUAUCGAUGGAGAAUUUUCAGGGAUAAGCGACGGUCCUAAUGUCAGUGCACUAACCAACGGGCUGGACACUCCAGAGGAACGAUACACCAAGCUUAAAAAGCAUUCCAUGGAUUUUCUGCUGUUCCAGUUUGGAUUAUGUACUUUCAAGUACGACCAGACAAAGUCAAAGUAUAUUACGAAGCCUUUUAAUUUUUAUAUAUUCCCAAAACCAUUCAACAGGACCUCCCCUGACAUAAAGUUCAUCUGCCAAAGUUCCAGUAUUGACUUUCUGGCCAGUCAGGGAUUUGAUUUCAACAAGGUGUUCUGUCAUGGAAUCCCAUACCUAAAUCAAGAAGAGGAAGUUCAGCUGAGGGAGCAGACAGAGGAAAGAAGGAACCAACAUGCCAACGGUGUGGGGACCCCAUCAUACAUCUCUCCAUCCUCCUCCAAAUGCUCUGCACAUGUACCUGAGGAGCACAAAGACUUCAUCAACAGGGUGGUGGGGAAGGUUGAGGCCCUUUUCACUAGCUCGGAGAAAACUUUGGACUUGGAGCCAUGUACUGGAUUUCAGAGGAAGCUGAUAUACCAGACACUGAACUGGAAGUUUCCCAAGGGUCUUCAUGUGGAAACCAUGGAAACAGAAAAGAAAGAGCGAUACAUUCAGGUCAGCAAAGUAGAUGAGGAGGAGAGGAAGAGGAAGGAACAGCUGAAGCUGGAGAGAGAGCAGGAGGAGCUAAAUGAUGCAGUUGGUUUCUCCAGGGUCAUUCAUGCUGUCUCUAAAUCUGGUAAACUUGUGGUUGGCCACAACAUGCUGCUGGAUGUGAUGCACACCAUCCACCAGUUCUACUGCGCUCUGCCAGAGGAUCUUCAAGACUUUAAAGAGGUCACAAUGUGUGUCUUCCCCAGACUUCUGGACACAAAGUUGAUGGCUUCCACACAGCCCUUUAAGGAGCUGAUUACUAACACAUCUCUGGCAGAGCUGGAAAAACAGUUGAAGGAGACCCCCUUCAAGUCACCUCAAGUUGAAACCGCCGAGGGGUUCCCCAGUUACGACACAGCCCAGGAGCAGCUCCAUGAGGCAGGGUAUGAUGCCUACAUCACUGGCCUCUGUUUCAUCUCCAUGGCCAACUACCUGGGUUCCUUUUUGACUCCACCGAAAGCUUACAUCUCAGCUCGGUCCAAACUCAUUGAGCCUUUCUUUAACAAGCUUUUUCUAAUGAGGAUAAUCGAUAUUCCCUACCUCAACAUCACAGGACCAGAUUUGCAACCGAAAAGAGACCAUGUCCUGUAUGUCACCUUCCCAAAAGAAUGGAAGACCAGUGACCUCUACCAGCUAUUUAGUGCCUUUGGGAACAUCCAAGUUUCAUGGAUAGAUGACACAUCAGCAUUUGUGUCCCUAAGUCAAACAGACCAGGUACAGAUAGCUAUGAACACCAGCCGCUAUGCAGAGAGUUACAGGAUCCAGACCUAUGCAGAGUACAUCCAGGGCAAGCAACAGGAAAAGGAGAAGCCCAGCCAGACGGCCAAAACCUGGGGAGAGGACAGCUGGGUGAAGCCUCACUACACCCCCUCUACUUGUUCAAGUGGUUUUGGCUAUCCCAGGAGCUUGAGGAAACGCAGCAUCAGUCCUGUUCAGGGCGAGCAUGGGGGCAGCAGGGAGGCCCUAAUCACAGAUGGCUGGAGUCACUACUUGUACCCAGAUAGCACAUGCAGCAAGAAAAUGAAAACUGAUGAUACAACUGGACAGUCAAAUGCUGAAGCUGUUGAGAGCAAGACAUCAGAGGGAUGGCUAAAGACAAUUGACUCAUCAGAUUCAGUGCGGUUUAGUCCAGUCCCUGAUGAGGAGAAAAGUCCUGAGGGCACAGAUCCAGCCAAUAAUGCUGAGGGGACAGUCAUCUGGCAACAAACACCAUCAGUCCUUGGGAGGAAAGGUCAAAAGAACAAGAAGAAGAAGUCUGAAGCGGCUGAAUCUACAACAUCGCUGUUUGAAGUCCCAGAGGUCUGGUAGCGAGAGGUGAGGAGUGGAGGGGCCGCUGUCCCACGCUGGGCUCCUGCUCAUACUCUCGUCCUAAGCACUUGGGCCAGUCUCCUGUAAGGUUGUCCGAAGCGGUGCAGGCCCUGAUUUUUCAUUCAUUCACUCAACAGCUAUGGAUACCGUGUCCUAAGCUACCAGCUAAGCCACUGGACUGGACUACUGAAAGA